AUGCUGACCAGCAUCACCGACGGCUUCCUCUGCUGCCUCCUGGGCAAGACCCCCAACGCCGUGGCCCCUCUGGACAGCGUUGAAUCCAGCGACGGCUUCACCUUCCUGGAAGUGAAACCCGGCCGGAUCCUCCGGAUCCGCCACGACGUUCCCAACCGGCCGGAAUUCCCUCCGGAACCUCCGGAGCCGGCGGAGCGCGGCGCCGUGCGCUGCAAGCGCCGCAUCACGCUCUACCGCAACGGGCAGCUCCUGAUCGAGAACCUCUCCGACGCCGCUCACCAAAACCCCGAUCCCAACGCCGAGCAGGAAAACUCGGAUCCCUCCGGAACCCCGGCGACGCCCGGGAAGCGUCGGAAGCGCAAACCCAAGAAGGUGGUGACGGUGGAUUGCGAGAAGCGCAUCACCGGCUGCAAGGGCGCGCACGGCGACGUGGUGCUCUUCUUCAUCCACGGCGUGGGCGGCUCCUUGGACAUCUGGAAGGAGCAGCUGGAAUUCUUUUCCAAGCUGGGAUACGAGGUGGUGGCGCCGGAUUUGGCGGGGCACGGCUGCAGCUCGGCGCCGCCCGUGGCCGCCGCCUACACCUUCUACGCCUUGGCCGAGGACAUGAGGGUGGUGUUCAAGCGCUACGCCAAGAAAAGGAACAUCCUGGUCGGGCAUUCCUACGGGGUGUCCUUCUGCACCUUCCUGGCGCACGAGUACCCGGAGCUGGUGCACAAGGUGAUCAUGAUCAACGGUGGUGGCCCCACGGCGCUGGAGCCCAGCCUGUGCUCCAUCUUCAACCUGCCGCCCUGCGUGCUGCACUGCCUGGCGCCCUGCCUGGCCUGGAGCUUCCUCAGGGCCGGCUUCGCCCGCCAGGGCGCCAAGGAGAAGCAGCUGCUGAAGGAGGGCAACGCCUUCAACGUCUCGUCCUUCGUGCUGAGGGCCACCAUGAGCGGCCAGUACUGGCCCGAGGGCGACGAGCUGUACCACGCCGAGCUGGCCGUGCCCGUGCUGCUCGUGCACGGCAUGCACGACAAGUUCGUGCCCGUGGAGGAGGACCAGAGGAUGGCGGAGAUCCUGCUGAUCGCCUUCCUGAAGGUGAUCGACGAGGGCAGCCACAUGGUGAUGCUGGAGUGCCCCGACACGGUGAACACGCUGCUGCACGAGUUCGUCCUCUGGGAGCCCGACACGCCCGCGGCCCGCGGCGACGGCGACACCAAAUGA